ACUUGCUUCUAGAGCAGCUGGAGAGAAUCUUCUGAAGCUUCUUAAGUUCUUUAAAAGAGACAUGGCACAAACUGGACUUAUGAUUUUUCUGCUCAUAAGCAUACUGCUGCUGGAUCAGACCAUCAGUCAGGCGCCCAAAUUCAAAGCCAGGAAACACAGCAAACGUAGAGUGAAAGAAAAAGAUGACCUGAAGACCCAGAUUGACAAAUUGUGGCGAGAAGUAAAUGCUCUCAAAGAAAUGCAAGCGCUUCAGACAGUCUGUCUUCGUGGGACAAAGGCCCAUAAGAAGUGCUACCUUGCAUCAGAAGGCACUAAACAUUUCCAUGAAGCCAAUGAAGAUUGCAUAGCCAAGGGAGGGACACUGGCUAUCCCAAGGAAUAAUGAUGAAACGAAUGCUCUUCGAGAUUAUGGCAAGAAAAGUAUGCCUAGAGUGUCUGAGUUCUGGCUGGGUGUCACUGACAUGAUAAAUGAAGGGAAAUUUGUUGAUGUCAAUGGCAUGGUUCUACAAUACUUCAACUGGGACCGUGCCCAACCAAAUGGGGGGAAGCAGGAAAACUGUGUCUUUUUCUCUCAGUCCUCACAAGGCAAGUGGGUGGAUGAGGUCUGCCGUACUGCCAAAAGAUAUAUUUGUGAAUUUCUGAUUCCAUAAUUACAUAUACAAAUGCCCAUGACCAUGUUUUGGGUUAUAAACAUGCAGUUUUGCUUGUUAGUAACCCUUUCCACUUAAACAGUGUCAAGAUAAAAAUAUCCAUCUCCUGCAUUUUACUCACUCUUUCCUGAAACAUAAGUUUUCUCUAUUAAUUUAUUUUCUAUUCAGAUGCUAAAAAUGUCUACUGAGUGCUCUUGUUAUGUGCAAGAACAUAUAUUAUGUUUUGACCUAGAUUGUAUCAUCUUUUGGCAUAUUAUUUCAGCCUGAUGUUUGGGUUGCUGGACUUCACCUCCUUUUUCUCUACUUUGCCUCUCCGUGUUGUGACAGCAUUUACUUGAAGUCAGAGCUCUUGUGUAUUUAUGGAAAGUUUACAGAAGAUCGCUGUAUGGUGACGUGUGCCAACGUAAGGUGUAGGGAUCCUUUCAGUUCCAGUGCUUAAAAUGGACUUUGAGGUUAUGUGAGCUCCUGUGAAAAUGGCCAUCAUCCUCAUGGAGUUUAAUGGGACAGAUUUGUUACCUAGAGUUUUACCUAUGGGUUAAGAAAGCCGAGUGAAACACAACAAUCUGAUGUUAAUUUUUAAACUACAUGGAGUGAAAAGUGAUACACUAGUAGAAAAUGGGGGAAGUAGAUGUUCUAAAAUGUCAGUUAGUGUGAACAUGUUUGCUUCUUAAUGUCUCAAUCAUGGUUAAAUACUAGAUGUUGUUUGGAACAUUUCUAAACAAGGAACCAGCCUGGGACUGGAUGAUAACUCUCCUUAAUAUGCCUUCAUAAGACGUGUAAAAGCCUUCUCUCCUGCAGGACCAGAAAGAGGCUUUAUAAUUCUAACAGUAACACUGCCUGAAAGCACAAGCAUGGUGGAAGAAUCCCCUUUCUGGGCACAAAAUGACCGUUCCUUCCCCUUGCUGCACGGCAGGCGGCAUGCUUGAUCGGCCCAAAGCAGUGGGGCCAAGCUGCAGCUCCUUUGGCCACAUGCAAGAUUUCCCAAUUUAACACCUGACAUUUUAAAAUGAAGUAAAACGUGUUGGUGCUGUUCUUAACCCCACAACAGAGAUUUGCCUUCAUAUUAUAAAUGACUGUUUCUUAUGUAAAGGAGUGUCAUUUCAAUAUUUAAACAUAUUGCUGCUUGGAGGCUAAUUCCUACUUUUAAUCUUUUACUUGUGCAAUAUUUUCUUAAAUUAUGCAAUAAAUUUGCUGUUACUGGUAUUUCACUGUACUAUGACCUUUGACAGUUUGUGCAUCCAUGUGAAGGCCAUGCUUUCCUAGGAUUUUCUUGAUGAUUCAUGAGGGGCAUUGUAUUCGAGCACAUGAUACGAUACCUUUUCUUCACAUGCCAAAGGACAAAGUUUGGAUCCCUGCUUGCCUAAGGGCUAUGUGAGAUGCAACUGUUAAAUGCUGUAAUGUAUUGGGAUUCACUUCAU